GCGUCAUAACAGAUGAUUCUGACAGCUUAUGUGUACCAAGCAGACGAUGUUUCUUUAGUUGUUUUUUAGAUUACACCACCUACGCUGCCCACCAUCUGCCUCCAUGUUACUCUCCGUCUAGUCAAAUAAACAACUCAGCAAAAUUAUAAUAUAUAUUUAGGCAAAAAUGGAACAGAGUGAGUGUUCGGAUGAUGUGAUAGCGCGAGGUGAAAGAUGGGAUCCACUCGGAGCCGCUGAACCGGAUGAAGAUGCGAAUAAUUUUGAUCUUGAAGAUCAGGAUUAUUGGCAAAGCUUUGCUAGCUAUGAUAGUGAAAAGCUUCGUUUGUUAGAAGAAGAACAGGAACAACUAAAUUCGUCACUCAUGGCACUAACAUCACACUUUGCCCAAGUUCAAUUUAGACUCAAGCAAAUAGUAGAUGCAGAGCCUGAGACCAAAGAAACUCUCCUACGGGACCUAGAAGAGUUUGCCUUCCGUGGAAUCCCAGAUUUUCAAAAAUCAUUUAGCUGUGUGGAAGAGGGAAAAGAUUCUGAAGAGGACCACAUAACUAAAAUGGAAUCUCAUAAAGUUAAACAGCAUGAGUUAAUAGAGCAGUUGAAACAGCAGCUGGAGGAUUUGGAGCGCUAUGCUUAUGAGACUGGAGAAGCUGGACUUCCACAAACAUUGAUUGUUGAACGCCAAAAAAUUAUUAUUGAUCAAAUGAAAAAUAAGCUCCAAUUCAAUGUUGAUGAUCUAGACAAGUAUACAGUUGAAGAACUAAGGCAGCAGGUGGAUGAAGCUAUUGGCCAGCUUGUAAAUCCGUUGAAAAUGAAAGAGCAGUUAGUAACGCAACUGAAAACGCAAGUCACUGAUCUCGAACGAUUCAUCGAGUUCCUACAAGGUCCAGCUGAAAAAAAAUGUCCGUGUGAAUGUUCUGGAAAUCCUACGCCAGGAACAGCGAGUAAAUUUUCACAUAUCAACCAUGGUAAACGUUCGUCGUCACCUGAACCACUACAACUCAAUGAGAAACGGGAAAAAGUUGUUCAAACCCUUCGUCGGAUGGCCAACUUGAUGCAGAUUUACGUCAUCUCUCAAUUUGGAUGUGGUAUAGGCAAUCGUUUCCCGCGUGAAAUGCCAACUAAAGAGAAGAGUCGACAACUCCAGGAAGGGCUAAGCCGACUUAACGAGGCUGUAGGACAGGUGAUGCGAACGUCUUCAACGAAAACCAGAAAAGAUAAAACACUUUCUUGGGAACCGGACAAUCAAGUGAACAUAGUCAAAGCAGUCCGAAAAGGGCUUUGUCCAGCGCUCCGUGAUCUUUUGAUUCACGGUUUCCUUCAACCGAAUACCAGUAGCAGUUUGGUUCCUUUCUUGAGUUGCGCUGCGCCUCGGCCUAGCUCCUCCUCUGGUGUUUCAGCUGUCCCUCAUCCUUGGCAACUCUUUGUCGCCUUUUAUCGUACCAAAGAUGGCCAAUCAGUGAUGAGUAAUCCGCAGAGAAGUCUGGCACAGUCUUUCUCGUUAGAAAUUCAAGGUGGAACUAGCAAGCAGGGACUUUUGAUGGCCAUCGGCAACAUUAUUGCAAUGCAUCGACCAUACAAAAGAGGGCCAGAAGCCCAUUUCAAAGCUUUUCUUUCCAGUGCUCUCAACGCCAAGAAAAUUGUCCCGUGGCUACGUAUUAUCUUACGAAGUCCCGCCUUGCUAGACGAAUUCUACGAGCCUUGGGCUCACGUUGUCCAACCAGAAUUCGACGAAAUUUGGAAGAUUCUGGAACCGUUGCAAAGUGUUGAAUUUCAUUUGCCUGAAGAUCUAUCGAUUCGCUCUUUGCGCAACAUUUUCGAUGCGUUUUAAGUUUUCACAUUCCACAGUGUUUUCAUUUCUAGUCACGUUAUUCUAUCAAGCAUUCCUCUAAAGUAAUCUCCACCACCGUUAAUUUUUCAAGUCUUCAAUUCAGACUCUUGGGUGUUCUCAUUUUAACGUUUCAUUUGUUUUAAGUUUCUUGGUGUCUAUUUCGGUCUUACGGGGUUGAAGCUCCACUGUAUUCAAUCGAUUAGGUUUUAAUAUACUAUUUGCGUGAA